AAUUGGCGUGACAUGUCGUUAAUCCGCGGUGAACGAAUCGUUCGCUCAGUCCCUCCCCCCGGCCCCAUGAUGAGUAGCUGGCUGCGUCGUUCGCCGACGUCGAGGGUUCAGUGAGUCACAGACUGCGCCAGUUCCACUCAUACCGGCAUGGUCGCGGCGGAGCUCAACUGAACUGAGAAAGGAACGAAUCAGUUCUUGAAGUGAUUCGGUUCAGUACGUUCACUCAAAAGAUUCGUUCGUUCGAACGAAUCGUUCGCGAACGACACAACAUCAAUCGACGGAGAAAGAAUUGAGCAAGACGCUAAUAAGUCAGUCUUAUUAUUUGUUCUCAUGUUUGAAAUAUUUACGUCGUAUAAAAUACACCUUUGAUUCUUUAUUUUAAGGAUAAAAUCGUCUCAAUGCGCUAGAAGCACUGUGCCGCUUCUCCUGCCAUUGCUUGUUAGUUAGCUUAGCUCGCUAGUUAGCUUAGCUUGUUAGCUGCUAACAGAAGACACAGAAGUUAUCAACACAUCGCUAAGUAGAGAUCAAGUGUGAGAGUAAAGUGUUGUGAUUGUGUGAAAAUGUCUACAUUACAAAUGUUGAGAGCGUUGGUGGAACAGCGACUAACUGCUGCCGUUGAAGAAAUAUUUGUAGUGUUCGAAAGAAAGAUAGCAGAAUACGAGGCGGAACUUUCUAGAACAAAGGCGGAGAACAAUCAACUAAUGGACGCUGUUUUCACGAAACAUCAAGUUGUGUUACACAGAACAGACCUCAAUGAAGAACAUCUUCCUCAUGAGCAGGAGGAACCACAGUCCCCCCACAUACAUGAGGAAGAAGAGGUACCACAUUCCCAAAAAAUUAAAGAGGGAGACGAGACACCACAGACCCCUAGUGUUAAACUGGCCCUUUACAUUAAAGGGGAAGCGGAGGACCCACUCAUCUUACACAUCAAAAAUGAAGAUGAGGACCCACUGACCCCCUACUUUAAAGAGGAAGAGGAGGACCAAGAGCCACCGCACAUUAAAGAGGAAGAGGAGGACCACGGCAUCAGUCAGCCUAAAUGGUUGGAGGAGUUCCCAGUGACUGGUGUCCCUGUGAAGGGUGAAGAUGAUGAGGUCAAAGGUGAAAGUGAGGAGAAGAGAGAGGCGGAGCCUCCAAGCAGCAGCUCAACACAACACAUGACAACAGAAGCUGAUGGAGACCACUGUGGAGGAUCACAAGCAGACAAGCUCUUAGCUCCACUAUCAGAUAGUGAGGACACAACGUCACACUCUCCUGACACUGAUGAUGAAGACUCUAAAGAUGAUAAGACAUAUCACACUGACAACACUCACGUCAAAUGUUCUAAAUGUGACAAAACCUUUCAUCGCCGUUCUUAUCUGAAAGUACACAUGAGAAUACACACUGGAGAAAAACCUUUUUCUUGUUCAAUAUGUGGUAAAGGUUUUGGACAUAGUCACCAUUUGAAAAUACACAUGAGAACGCACACUGGUGAAAGACCUUUUUCCUGUUCAACCUGUGGUAAAGGUUUUUCAGAAAGUCAGGGUUUGAAAGAACACAUGAUAACGCACAGUGGAGAAAAAACUUUUUCCUGUUCAAUUUGUGGUAAAGAUUAUGCACGUCGACAGUCUGUAAAAGUACACAUGAGAACACACACUGGUGUAAAACGUUUUUCCUGUUCAACCUGUGGUAAAGGUUUUAUACAAAGUACACAUUUGAAAGUACACAUGAGAACGCACACUGGCGAAAAACCUUUUUCCUGCUCAACCUGUGGUAAAGGUUUCACACAUAGUUGGUGUCUAAAAGUACACGGGAGAACACACUCUAGUGAAAAACCUUUUUCCUGUUCAACUUGUGGUAAAGGUUUUACCGAAAGUCAACAUUUGAAAAGACACAUUAUAACGCACACUGGUGAAAAAUCACAUUUCUGUUCAAUCUGCAACAGAAGCCUUUGUGACCGACCAAACCUUGUAAGACACAUGAGAACACACACAGGAGAGAAAGUGUUGAGUUGCAGUGUGUGUGGUGAAAGAUUCUCUUAUAAGUACCAGUGUAAGAAACACAAGUGUGCUGGUGAGAACGGCAGCAGCAAAUGAAACUGCAGGAUUUGAAAUAAACUGUCAAGACUUUAAUUUGGACUUUCUAACAACAUCAGCACAUAUAACAUGUGUGACAUUGUUGUUUGUGUAACAAUCUUUUUAGUAUACUUUUACGUUUAUAGAUGAGAUAGUUUGAAAUAUUGAAGUAUUGCAUAUUUGUAUUUCUAAUUGUUAGUGAUCCCAUAGAUUAGCACCUUUUAUAUGAUAUACUGUACAUAUUUACUGGUUCACAUCUGAAACAUCUUCUGGACCACUUUAGGAAGCAUAUUAUUAUUUACUUUAUACAUCAUUGGAACAGUUGUCUGUUAUUAACUUUUACAAUGUGUGACUUUAUGAAUCAUUUGUUGGGUCUCUAUAAUCCAUUUUAUUAAUGACCUUUAUUACUCUCUUUUGUAAUAUGAUGAUUGUGUUGUGAUUGUUUUAUAUGUAUGUACCCAGACCUUUAUGCAAUAAAAAAAGAGAGAAACUGGCUGAUUUGUUUGUGGAAGGAUGUUUGUUUUUUUUAAAUUUGUGGAUAAAACAAAAAAUCCCAUUAUUGGGUUUUAAACAUUUUUAAUGUAUGUUUUCUUUUUAAACAUCCCAAAACAAUAUCAAUCAAUGUUCAGAGUGUCAGGCAAAAGCCAAUAUUGUACAUCAUCCCACAGAGAUUUACUGUACAUACAUUAAUAAAAUAAACAGUUUAUUUGGUUUCCCUAUCACAGAACGAACAAGUCGUGUCUUCAAUUGCAAAACAACAUCCUAAAAAUUAUUUGAAGUGGUCAAUGUGUUUUUGUUUUCUUAAAUGAUCUACUUUGCCUUUGAAAGAAUGGAAACUUUCAAGUUAUGAGUAUUUGUUUUUGUUCCAGAGAAAAUACAGUAAAGAAGAAAUAGUAAAGAAUUAA